AUCCCCUCCACUCCUCCUCCUUGGAGAAAUCCAAUGCCCACACGUAAACCAGGUGUGCUGGUUCACAGACAGGUGCCUCAUCCGGAACAAACACCUGCCUCCUUGCACCGGCUUAUUCCCACCCCUUUGCAUCAGCUUUCCACUCGCAAGGCUCCAAGACUUACCCAGAACAGAGAAUGCAGCGGUGAGGGCCUAGCUCCCCCACCAGCUUCAGGUCAGUCCUGGCUCUAACGGGGCCCUCCUUGACUCAGAAGGUCCCCUCCCUCCUGGCUACAGAGCCCUGGUCAGAAGCAAUAGCCCCAGCUACCUGUGGGACACACAGUCAACUCCUGGACCAGGUCGGGGGAAAUUCACUCUUUUCAGUGCCUUUCCCAGCAAGCCCAGCCCUGCCCCUCUUGGGUGGCUCCUAAAACCUCACCUGAACUAUUUGUGCUUUUAAGAGUCAGGUCCUACCUCACCCUUCUCCCAAGGGCACAAGACAGCCAGGUGAGACCUCGGCCUAACUCGCUGCCCCUUCACCUGGUCUUGGCUCCAGAGCCCCCCGACCGCUGUCCGGUGCUUUCCCAGCGGGGCUCUUUCCCUCUCAGGUGAGCCGGGCUCUGCCCGCCACCCACCCCGCGCGGCGCCCUACCUGAAGCAGUAGCCGCCUGCUCUCUGCGCGGCCCGAGCCCCGGGGCUCCCGGCACUUGGGCGGCGCGGGGGCCGGGGGGCUCCGCGGGGGCUGGGGGCUGCAGGGAGGCCCGGGCUCCAGCGCCUCGCAGCACACCAAGCUCACGGUGCAACCCAUCCGGCCGGGGCGCCAGCCAGCCCCUCGCCCUGGCGUCCGCUCGGCCUAGGGAGCCUGCGACGUCGGGAGAGGGACGGCGACACCCCCAGCCCGUCCCCUCCCGGGGCCUCCUUGGCCCGCAGCUCCAGGAAGCGGGGGAGCACGGAGCCCGCCAAGGGGCGGUGACACGGGCGCGGACGCCCGGACGCAGCCAGUGAGGAGGGGCGCGGUGGCGCGGGGAGGGGCGGCGCGGGGUCUCGGGACCGACCGAGGCGGCGGACCGGCAGAGAGAGAGAGAGCGCGCCAGCGGACGCGACGGGAGAGGCAGGAAGCAGAUAAGGAGAGAUAAUGAGGGAGAGACGGGGACACGGGGCACAGAGAGGGGGACGCAGCCUCUGCACGCGGGAGACCAAGUCCCAGAGAAGGAGAGACAGACGGGCAGGCAGUCCCCGUGGUAGGACAGAGCCAGGCUUGGGUACCGCGUGCUCCAGUGUUUACAUGCGGUUCCUGGGGGGUUGUGAAACGGGUAGUCCUCGCAGAUGCCUGCUCCUCUGUUCUCUGCCCCCAAUACUAGCCCCUGGGAACCAACAGUGGAAAGACCCCAGCCUCAAGGAGACAAAGCACAGCCAGGGUGGGAGGGCCACAGUCCGCCUGGGCAAGCCACCGGGCCCCUUCCUGGACAGAGCAUCUCACCAGUGCUUUCACUUUCAGCGGUGAGCCCCAGAACUGGGGGGAUGGCACUGGUGAUCAGCACUCACCGGGACCCCUCAGAAGAGAUGGGGCAGAGCAGGGAGACAUGAGGUGGGACCCUUGUCCUCCCCUCCACACCUGCACCGCACUCCAACCAAGUGACAGUAAAGGUGGGGCAGCCUCAUAGCCUCUUUGUGCCACCUGGUGGCGAUAAGGAAGAAAGACAAGAGCAAGUGACCGUGAUGAGAAGGGGAGAGAACUCGCAGAGCCACAAUUGCCACUACCUCCUCGGCUGCUGGGCUGGGCGUGAGUCACUUCCCAGGCAGCAAACUCUGGAAAAGGCUGUGCAGAGCAGUGCUCUGCUUUCCAUGCCCCAACCAGCCAGGCCUUCCCAGAUGGGGAAAUCCAGGCCCAAGAAAGGCGAAGGAUGUGCCCCAGGUCACACAAUGAGCCAGCAGCAGGGCCAGGAUGGAGAACCAGGAAACACGCAUUUUCCAUGCAGCUGGGGCCCAGGAAAGGAUGAAUGUGUGUCCCAGGGCUGAUGACCGCUCUGGCAAGUCCCCUUGUGGGGGAGGGAGUGACAGCCCCUCAGCCCAGCGUCCACAUGGCUUACACACAUGAGCACUCGCAGGGCUGCUCACAGCCAGUCGAGGUUGAGAGCAUGAGCCCUGCAGGCACAGGGACCUGAGUUCCAAUUCUAGCUUCACCACUUAGAACUUUGUGACAUUGGAAAAAACACUUACCCUCUCUAAGCCCCCCUCUCUUGGUAUAAAAUGGAGUCAAUAACCUCCCAGGGUUAUUAUGGGGACUGAAUAAUACAAGGAUGUCAGGCACAGGACACAGGGCCUGGCACCCAGGAACGGCUCCAUAGGUGGGGACCACACCAUCAUCCUCCCGCCCUGCCUUACAAGAAAGAGCUGGGUCUUCUACCAGUGAACUCGCUGUGUGACCCUAGAGACGUCACAUUGUUUCUCUUGGCUGUGAUUCUUCCUUUGUAGAAGGAGAGAGCUGGGCAGCUGAAGCCAGAAGCUCGUUCUUGGCCUCUAGACCCACAAGGAAUCACGUCCUUUUCAAAUACUCAUGGCAGAAGAAGGGGCUGUCUUCAAGAUGACCAGUGACCUGAAGGCUGUCAUCUCUGCCAUCCUCCAGGGCUAUGGGGGUGGGCAGCAGCCGGUGACAGACACCAGUGCUGAACUGCACAGACUCUGUGGCUGCCUGGAGCAAGUGCUGCAGUUUGACCAGAAAGAGCAGAAGAGCUUCCUGAGGCCUCGGAAGGAUUACUGGGACUUCCUCUGCACAGCCCUGUGGCGGCAGCGGGGCAACAUGGAGCCAGUCCACUUUGUCCACUCACAGGACAAGUUGAAGACCCCGCUGGGAAAAGGCCGAGCCUUCAUCCGCUUCUGUCUCGCCCACGGACAGCUGGCCGAGUCCCUGCAGCUCUGCCUCCUGAACCCAGAGCUAACCAGGGAGUGGUAUGGCCCCCGGAGCCCCCUGCUGUGCCCUGAACUCCAAGAAGACAUCCUGGACUCCCUCUAUGCUCUCAACGAGGUGACCUUCGACUUGGACCUGCAACGGCCAGACUUGGAUGGAGCCUGGCCCAUGUUCUCAGAGUCCCGCUGCUCCAAUUCCAACUGGACCCCAGGAAGAAGACCCAGAAAGAUCAAAGAUUCCCCUAAGGAGAUCUCACCCACAUAUGGAGACCCCACAGGAGGCCACCCAGAGGAGCCACAUACCAGGCAAGCCAGUUCCCUGCGAGAUGCACCCAGGGAAGACAGGUUGGCUGGACUCCCCAGGUCCCAGCAACACAAGCAUCAGCCUCUGUUUUUGGAAAAGAAGAAAGAAGAUCCCAGGAGGCUUGGGCCUCCCCAGAGCAUGUGGGAACUAGAGGGGGAGGAGCUUCAGCAAAACCAGGAGAAAGGAGCUCCAAGGACGGGGAUGUGCCUGGAGAACUCAACACCUAGCAUCCAGGGACAGGGCAAGGGGGCCAAAGGGACUCUGAAGGAGGUGAUAGGGACAGAUACUGAGGGCAGGGGGAUUUUGCUGAGUGCAGAGGGCCAGAGAACAAUAGAUGGGACUUAUGAAGGGGAAGCAGAGAGGAGUCAUACCCAUAGGCUGCUGGCCUCCAGCCCCAAAGAGAUGAUAAGGGAUGCAGUGUCAGGGAGCCGUCAGGGCGGGAAAGUGCCCAGCAGCCCCAGGGAGUUCUGGGUCCUUCAGGGCCUGGAAACAAAGGAAGGCUCCACCACGGAGAAGCCCCAAGAGCAAAUAGGAGUGACCAGUGCAACCAGGAGAGAGGAACAAGCAGAGAUGGCCUUGCAGGAUGUGGUCAAGAGUCUCAGACAUGGGCUCCAGAAAACCAAGGAGCAGGCCCAGCACCAGGAACAGCUGCUGAAGGAGCGGGAAGGGGAGCUGAAGGCACUGCAGGAACAGCUCAACAGGUGCUUCCUGGUAACAAUCUCAGGAGAUCAGUCCUCCAAGGACCCCCACUUUAUAGAUGAGGCGGCUAAGGCUCAAAGACCCGCCUAACUCACCCCACAUCAGCUAGUUAGUAGAGGAGCUGAGAUCCAGACCCUACAACCGUCUCCAGAACCAGUGGGCCUAAAGCUGCCCCGUCAGCCAGUGUCCCCAGUGCCGGUGUGUCAGUCUCCUGUCUCUCCCCUCAGCCUCUCUCAGCAUCUGGCAUCUUCAUCCUCCCACCAUCACCUUCACCUCAAGGGUCCAAAGUGCACGUUUUGUCUUUGCGUUCCCCCUCAGUCUCUCAGUGUCUCAGUUUCUUUGCCAUAAUUUAUUUUUAAAGAAAUUAUGACACCAUGCAAAGAUCUUCCUUGGUCUGACUCAGUCUCUCUGUGUGUCUCUCCCUUGGUCUCCACGUGCCUCAGUCUGCCCGCCUGCCUGGUCUCUCCCACUUGACUGACACCUGCCCUGACCCCCAGGGGAGCCUGCAUAGCUGUGAUUCAGACUGAAUCACAGAGCUGUCUACUGGCUGCUUAAUAUGCUGCGAGAGGCCCGGGGGCCCAGGAACCAACCCCAAAAGGCCCCCGGGGACUCCUCCCACCAGACUCUCAGCUGAGUCCUGUGGUUUGGUCAGCAAAGAAUCCCAUGAUUCAGGCCCUAAGUGAGUGCAGGGGCCUUGCCCACUCAAGGCCAUCUCUGGGAAUCAAAGCAGGCUGGAGGGAGAAGCCAGGAGGCUCCAGGGAGACUGCCCAGCCCCAGGCUGCUCCCUGAGGCUGGGGGAGCCCUUGUUUCACAGACCCCUGCCCUGCCCCCAUCAUCCCAUCCAUCAUUCGGUCAUUCCACAGACACUCGGAGCCAGACCUGUUCUAUGUGCUGAAAAUACUCUCAUAGACAAAACAGAUAAAAUGCCUGCCCUUUUGGAGCUUACAUGCCAGUGGGGGAAGCAGAUGACAAAUACAAGCAAGUAAAAUGCAUAGCAUGCAGAUUGGGAUAAGUUCUAAGAAGAAAAAAAUAAAGCAGGGAAGGGGAAUGGGAAGUGUCAGGGGUGACCUUUUAGAUGAGGUGGCAUUGCCAAGGGGGCCUCCCUGGAAAGGUGACAUUUGAGUCAAGACCUGAAGGAGCUGAGGUCUGAGCCAUUGGCUAUGUGGUCAAGGAAUGUUCCAGGCAGGGGGAACAGCAAGGGCAAAGGUUCUGCAGUGGGAAUGGGCAUGGCAUCAAGGACGCCACUGUGGCCCCAGUGGAGUGAAGGAGGGGAGGGCUGUAGGAAAAGGUCAGGUGGGUAACAGGAGACCCUAGCAGGUCAUCAAAAGGACCUUGGCUUUGACUUGACUUUGAACCACUGAGAGUCCUGAGCAGAGGAGGGACAUGAUGUGACUGUCUGCAUGUUAAAAAUAUGUUUCUCUGCUUUGAAAAAACAAUUCAGUGGUUUUUAGUGUAUUCACCAAGUUGUGCGUCCAUCCCCACCAUCAAUUUUAGAAUAUUUUUAUCACCCCAAAGAGAAAC